AUGCUUGCUGGCUUCCGUGUAUCCUCCCAGAUCUGUCGGGCUUCUUCGACAGAAUUUGCGAAGUGGAUCGACGGAGGGCUCAGCACCCAUGACGAUUGCAAGGUCAUCUUAAUUCGUCUCUUCCCUGGGUCAUGGAGAAUCGAUAGGCAAGCCCUCCGCUGCAUACUUUCGGUCUUGCACCUCGCCAACAAAGACCAAUACAUGAAACUCGACGUCGAAGAGCUUCUUCGAGUCUCGGAAACCAACCUUCUCUUGAAGUGCAACGACGCGCUCGCGCCGUGGAUCGGCAUCUGGUGCCCGAAAGCCCUCCAGAUCAUUCUCCAUGGCGAACAGCCAUCCGUUGUGAAGCUUGGAAUGCUUUUAAAGUCAGCGGAUAACUUUGAGGCCAAAGACGAACUCGUCAAGCUGAGGCAGUUUGCUAUUCGCAAUCUUCCGAUACAUUUCCGACAAAUCUGGGCCAGAAACCCACCGCUCAUGACUCUACAAAACUGCAAAUCUCUCGGUAAGGGUGACGGAGUUACACUUUUGUUGGUCCCCUUUGAGGUCAACGACCGACUAGUACGAGCUUGCUCGCAUAUUUGGUCUUUCAAGGGCAUCCUGGACACCCAUAGCGAAGGAUAUAUCACCGCCCGAUGGCUCUAUCUCAGCUGCGGACGGCGACACCAGUCCAACGCCAAGGCCUGCCGCAUCUGUGGCAACAAAACACUGUACGAUAAUGUCUGUACAAAAAAUUCUCGAGUCGGCGAGUACUUCAGAAUCCUCGCGCUCCAGAAGCUGUGGCCCACCGAUAUUUUGGCACCGGACAAUGCCACUCUUUCGACAAUUUCUCAGCGCGUCAACAGUUUGACGAGUUGCAUCCCGCAUAAUUGUAGCGGCGGUUCCAAAUGCCCCCUGGUUGUCCACCUCAGCGCUCUACAAGGUCAUUUGAAGCGAACCAUGGAUGAUUGUGCUCGGAGCAACAUUUCGGUAAACCCGGGGAGGCACGACAAUGUGACUGUGACCAUGACCGAUAUCAGGAAGAUCGGCAUUGUGGAAGGUGGCGGUGAUAUCGCGGAGGUGGUGGUCGAGGAUCUUGACGAGGACUAG